AUGAGGAGCUCUGACUCCGAAGACACCAAGUGGAAGACAGGGCAUUCCUCCUGGGACGCCAAGACCGAGGAGCUGGCACGAAGGGGCGUGACUCUGCGAGCGCUUCUGGACUUUUACAGCAGCCUGCCUGGAAGGAUGCCCCACUUUGACCCGGAGAAGCACAAGACGACCGACAUUGUGCGUCAGGUGAUCAUCCCCAUGAGUCAGGGUUCCAGCUACGGAGAUUCAGCGGCUGCACUGGUCAUGAUGGAGGGCCGAGAGUUGCUACCAGGUCGGAUGGUCACUCACAGUUGGUCCAAUCGUUUCGCGUGCUUGGUGGCCUCAGUUGUCGCAGAUGCCCUUGAGUUGCCAAGCUACGCAUCCAUUUUGCAUAGGUUGGAGGGUGAGGGGAUGCUGGCUCUGAAAUCAGAGCUCUAUUGGAAGAACAAACUCGAUAUCACUUACUGGAUUUGCUGCUUCAGCAUUAACCAGCAUGCUGGCAUUUGUGGCGUCGUUCCCAGUAACCUCCAAGACCCAGUGACAGGGGAAUUACCCGAACCAUGUCCAUGUGCGCACCACAAAUAUUGGAGUGACUCUGAGCCAUUGAAGGAUGGACAGAGUGUGAAAUGCGAAAUGAACAAAUUUGAUGACAUGAUGAACUGCAUUUAUUCCUUGAAUCCCAAGUGCAGCCAAGUCAUCGCUGUAGAUUUGGAUUUUAAUUUGUUCACGCGUGCUUGGUGUGUGGCGGAGAUUCAUCAAGCUCAGACGAUGUCCAUGUCGCAGCGCAUGAUCAUUUUCUCUGAAGAGAACUUGAAGAAGCAUGAAGUUUGGCUUCAUGACCUGAAAGUGCAGGAGAUGAAGGCCUCAAAUCCUCAAGACGUGGCCUUUAUUUUGUCAAAGAUCGACGAUCCCCAGCGGUUUGAUGCUGAAGUGAAGAACUUGGUGUUUGGCAAUGGGGGUCUAGUACAAGCUUGCCACAUGGGCUUUGAGCGCGUCUCCUUGUUGGGAGCCGUUGCUCAGCAGGGCUUUCAUCGCUCUUUGACAUCGACGAUCAAUUAA